UUGUUGAUGACGAUGGCAUACGGCGCACGUCAGUUCCUCAGUGGUGUCCCUAGCAGGAGGAGUGCCUGCUAAGAUUUAAAAAAAAGGAAUUAACAAUAACAUUCGCUCCGGCGACUUGCUCUCAACACACGGAGGAACUACAGGGCGGGCGAGUGAAGCGACGGUAGUAUGAGAAACAUGUCAGCUACGCGCAGGGUGGCGUCGAUUCAGAAGCGACUCUUUAACACUGUUUAGAAGGCCUGUUGCUAGCUGCUGUGUAUCCGCGGGGCUAGCCCGGUGCACACAGGGGACGGGAGCUCCGUGGGCUGCUUUGGUCAGCAAGGUUGUUUUUUUUUAACCGACGCUGGCUGCCCCUUUACCACGAAGACGUCACCUCUCCUACUCCGAGGAGACCCACAUAACUGUUAGCUAACACUGGCGUUAGCUAACGUUACCUUGUGUUAACAAGCUAGCUCCGCCCACAACCGAAGAAGAAUAAGUUGGCCCUUCGAAACACAUUGAAAAACUACCACCGGCUGUGAUUUGUAACCUCGUUUUUCUACGCGGACCGGAGGUCGCCGGCCAGGUACCUGGAUCAGAUUGUCCCCCGACUACGGUUAUCGCGUCUUCCAGCUUAUCUACUGCUGCCCAAAGUGUGUCGCCUCACUGGAAUAGAAGGAACAGACUUUGCCGUGCUGGUUACACAACGCUACCUUUAACCGGCUGAACGACGGUAUCCCGGAUGAAGGCUCCCGGAAAAGUGUCCUAUCUAAUGCUGCCGGGGCGCACAGGUGCCCCCUGUUCCUCUCGGCAUUGUUAAUCUCACACCUCCAACCUCCGCCCCGUGUUGCUCUCUACAGCUGAUCCGCCGUUAAACAGAAACGCCAGCACCAUGAAUCGUUACCUGCCGGUGGCGCGGCAGCACUUCCUGGCCGCCCUCGCCAGCACCAGCGUGGUGGUAAAGAGCAUAAGCGCCGUGGUGGUGCUCCUCUACCUGUUGUCGUGGGCCGUGGACUGCCGGUACGCCCUGGGCGUGACCCCGGGCUACCUCUUUCCGCCCAACUUCUGGGUGUGGACGCUGGCGACCCACGGGCUGGUGGAGCAGCACGUAUGGGGUGCGGCGGCCAACGUGGGCACGGUGAUGGCCUGCGGGCGUCUCCUGGAGCCUCUGUGGGGCGCUCUGGAGCUCCUGAUCUUCUUCGCGGUGGUAAACGUCUCCGCGGGCCUCCUGGCGGGCCUCUCCUACCUGCUCACCUACGUGGCCACCUUCGACCUGGACUACCUGUUUGCGGUUCGCGUCCACGGGGCGGCCGGGUUCCUGGGAGGCGUCCUGGUGGCGCUGAAGCAGACCUCGGGGGACACCACGGUGCUCAGGGUGCCGCAGGUGCGACUGAAAGCGGCACCGGCCUUGGUCCUCCUCCUCCUGGCCUUGCUGCGUCUGUCGGGGAUUCACGACACCUCCGCUGACCUGGCGGCAUACAGCUACGGCGCCCUCUCCGGCUGGGUCUACCUGCGCUUCUACCAGAGGCACAGCCGGGGCCGCGGGGACAUGUCGGACCACUUUGCCUUUGCUAGUUUCUUCCCUGAGGCGCUGCAGCCAGCCGUGGGGCUGCUGGCGGGGCUGGUCCACGCAGCCCUGGUGAAGGUGAAGGUGUGCAGGAAGAUGGUGAAGAGGUACGACGUAGGGGCCCCGUCCUCCAUCACGAUCAGCCUGCCGGGGACCGACCCCCAAGACGCAGAGAGGAGGAGACAACUGGCCCUCAAGGCUCUGAACGAGCGGCUGAAGCGCGUGGAGGACACGUCGGCGUGGCCCAGCAUGGACGACGAGGAGGACGAGGACGAGGUGCGGACCGACACACAGCCGCUCCUCCCGGGACCGCCGGCGGGGCCCGUCGGCGCCCCCCUCUCCUCCGCCUCGCAGAGCGGCGGGGGGCCGUCCGGGGGCGCGGCGCAACACCCAGAGUCCAGCAUCAUCAGCUUCGAGGACGCCCCGUCCCGGUCGUAACAGACGGACCGAGAUGCGUCCGGCCGUCCGCGACUAGUGUAAAAAAAAUACGCUCGGCGAGUAGCUACGCGCUCACAGACAACACGUUCGACUAGUUCACGCGCGCACGGCCGAGCCCUCGCGAGCGCGCCGGCAGUGCCAUCGCCACGGCCGAGAGGGUCGGCGGUGUGAAGCGCUGCCUCGGCUCUUCUCCUCCUUCCACGCAUUCGCGAGCCACCGACCGCAGAUCUCGGCCAGACUUGAUCCCGACCGGCGGAGCUCGGCCCGCUGCUUCACGUGUCGCUUUUCUCUUGCUUUCCAAAUAAAAUAAAACACAAACGGGUGCACAGUAGUCUUCAUAAAAGUGUAUUUCGGAGCACCCGUGGGUUGUUCUCUGGUUGGCUUUCCACGAUAAAAAGACUCGCACGGAGCUCUCGGCGAGCGGCAACUCUACGCGCCGGAGAAACCUGAAGCUGACCUUGGCUUUUAGUUGUUGAUGUUUAAACGCCGUGUGUGAAGGAGGAAGUGUUGAAACUAGAUCUGCUGAAGGUCUGUGCUGCUGAUUAACUGUGAUACCAAACUUUUAAGAGUUGAAUUGAAGAGAAUCACCCCGAAUAUUUUAGCCGGCCGGCCGUUGUGUCUCUGGAACCGCCGAGUACCCUCUUUUCUAAACCCCCUCCUCCCCCGUUUGCCCUUCAGUGGACUUUCUGAAAUUCUGCCAUUUUAUUCUUCUUCUUUUCACUAUGUUCAUCACUAAACAAAAUCCCCCCAAAACCUGUUUUGUUUUUGUGCGCUUCAGAAGUGUUCUUUUUUUUUUUUGGGUGCUUCUUGUUCUAUGAGUUAUAAUGAGAUGAUUGUUUGUCUUUUAGCUUAAUAUUAAGCCCACAACAGCAGCAUCACCCUGUACCGCUUUACACCUCCUAGGAUCUGAAAUGAUACAAUGUGCUUGAUUGUGUGUGUGUGUGUGUGUGUUCCAUCAAAGCCGGCGCUGAUGUGUCCUGAUGAGGAGAAAUAUCUCCCCAGACCGCUGAUCAGUAAUCAGGGGAAACGUUUCCCAGUCACAUUCUUUCCACCUGUGACAUCUUUCAUCUCUUUGCUCCUGGUACCAGGGACGACCGCUGGUGAGAACGUUUUCUUAGAAGAUUGAUCUAAAUUGUUUCAAAAUGCUCCAUAAAUUCUAAGCAGACCCAAAGGUCAGUGAUUCAUUCAUUUUGCAUCUGGCCAGAUAAAAUGUUUCCUAAUUGAAGGAGAAUUUCCAAAUCGCUAAGCCGACGCAACAAUGAAAGAAGACGUUGAAAUCUACAAACUACACAACAUGAAUGAAGGUGUGAAAUGUUUAAUUCAAAAAUAACAGCCUGUCUUCUGUAUUUGAUCAUCUGAUAUUAGUAGCAUGAGGAAGAAUCUUGCUGCGGCAUUCCUGACCGUUUAGUUUGUCACUGACUGGGUCAUCUCUAAAUUAAAAACCAAUGAAAUGUAACGAGGCAGAGCGGGAUAAUCAUCGGCCGCCAUCAAUGACCGGGAGGAGAGAACAGGCCUCCUUGGUCUUCUGUGGUUAUUUAAUAUAAAUCUGGGUAUUUUACACUAUGAUACACGUGAUGUUUACACAUGUGUUCUAUCUGUUGGAAAUGGCGGAAUAUUACAAGUGAAAUUACAACGUUUUUCUUUAUUCUGAGAGAUUCUCUCUCGUCGCGUCUGCACUGGAGCUCUGCUGCCGCUUUUGCACUUUUUGAGGAAGGACCGCCCCGACGGCGUGUCCCUUGAUAUUAUGAUGGGCAAAUUCAGAUUAAACGUCUCACUUUGGACUCCAAAUUCCAGGCAGCGAUUAAGUUAUUUCUUCCCCCAGAUGGAAAUGUAUAACGUAAAGGAAGCGAUAAGCCAUAUUUGAGUGAUGCCGUUCGUUGGGCUCUUCACUGUUCCUCCUCGUCCCCUCUGCUCAUUUCACUGUGCUCUCAUUUUUAACAGGACUGUGUGUCUGUGUCCAUUCCUCUGGCGAUGGCGUGUCAAAAAGCAACCCGUACAUUCAGCUUUGCGCACAAUGUUAAAGAGCAAUCUGUGUCAUCUUCAGAGCUUUUUAAUUACAAGUUGCAGCUUUCAUCGGCAGAGCGCAACGAGGCCCGAACACCAUUACCUCUCCAUCUUUGUUCCCUUUAGUCUUUUUAUUCUUUUCCUUCCUGUAUAUUCCUAUUUGUGCUGCGGGAAAACGUCCCGACGGAGAAGAAAGGAAUAAAAUCAUGUGUGUGGACGAUGCUGAUGUGCAGUUGGUGUCUAAAGGAGAGGAAACCGACCCGUUGGUCCAGGACCAGUCGCACCACAGGGGGACUACGGAUAAACCUCAGCAGGGGCUCCUGUUGGCCCCCCAGCAAAGCCCGGUUUCUCUAACCAGUCUCUUGAGUCGACAGGGACUAACGGAAUUAUAAUAUAAUUGGGAAGACGGUCUGUUGGACAAUUAAAAAAAACAAGUUGAUUAUUUGCCUGUCUUCACAACUGAUUAUGAGCUAUAUUGACUUAUUCUAGCGUUGCUUUUUUUAGUCAUGCAGGAAACACGUUUCCUGAACAUCUGAUGGGGAGACGUCUGUUUUCCUGCCCUAAUAUGAUGGACAGAGUACAGAUGAGACGCUUGUCGUCUUGCAAAAGAGUUUAUCACAGCAAUGGUUUCUUUUUUCGCUGCUCUCAUUUACUGCAUCUAUCCGCAGUUUUUCACCAACAGAUCUUGUUGAAUCUUGUUGCACAGACUCUUAUGUUUUUAGUUUUCCGAAAUAUUUCUUUAUCUCUAUAUGAAAUAAAAGACGGUUGUAUGAAAUGGAAA